UAUUGGAUCAAUAUCGUGACCCCCUGUACGUAAGUCAGCCAUAUUGAAACUUCGAGAUUGCUCGCUUCCUGCUUACUGUCCGAAAAUACAUAGUCUUCCGGGUGGAAAAUAACAACAUUGAUAAACUCAGCGAAGGAAAAUGGAGGAUGUUUCAUCAUCUGAGAACAAUCUGACGUUCUCAGAGAACUGAGCGGAUAUUAAGGCCAUUGUUUAUGCCCCCAGCAGACUGACGAAUCUUUCACAAACAACUCGAUAGAUGUGUCACAAGUAGGGCGAGAUUUCCUCACAAUGCCACCCCCGCCUCCACCACCCCCACCCCCUUCCGCUCCAGCUGCCCCACCUCCGGCGAAGGCGCCCCCAAAGAGUAAAGGAGGGGGAGGAGGGGCGGUUAAUCGGGGGGCUCUCCUCUCGGAAAUUCACACAGGGGCAAGGUUGAAGAAGACCGUCACCAAUGAUAGGAGCGCUCCGGUGGUGGGAAAUACAAAGAAGCCGUCCGGCAGUGGAGGCAUGAUGGGAAUGCCCAUGACCCCAGGCGGUGGGGGAGGUAAAUUCAACACUGUGGCGGCCCGACCGAGCAGUGGCACCCCGGACAGAAACAUUCCAAACUCGUGGAACCGUAGUCAUGACGAUAGUGAAUCAGGAAGCUCCAUGGGCGGUGGUGGUGCUCCAAUGGGACUGGGAGGUUUGUUUGCAGGUGGAAUGCCCAAACUGAAACCAACAAAAGGUGGAGUGAAUAUUCCACAGCGAACAAAACUGACAAAUGGACCUGUGCCAAAUGGACCUUCAAAUGUGGGAGGGGGACCACCCCCAUCCCGUCCCACCCUAAACAAACCUUCAUUCAAUGGACCUUCAAAUGCUGGAGGAGGGCCACCCCCACCCCCUCCCACCCAAAACAAACCUUCAUUCAAUGGACCUGUGAGGCAAAGUUUCAAUAAUGGACCCUCAAGUCGGGGGACAGGUGGUCCCCCUCCUCCACCCCCCUUACAGAACAAGCCCACAAUGAAUGGGGAUGUGGGUGGUCGGCAAGGGCCACCCCCUCCCCCACCCCAAACAAACAAGCCUGACUUAAGUGACAGUGUAUCUCGGCCCAAUGCAGGCCCACCCCCUCCCCCUCCCCAGAAUAGUAAACCGGAGUUAAGCAGUAGUGACUCAAUCCGACCAGGAUCAGGUCCCCCUAAACCUCCCUCACAGUACCGAAAACCAGGACAUUCGGCGGCACCCCCGGCGCCACCAAACUUUUUAAAACCCAAAACAGAGGACAGCAGUACAAGUGGAAUGAAUGGAGGUAUGCCCCGAGGGGUGCCUCCCCCACCCCCUUCCAGGCCCCCACCGGGCGGAGGGAAGCCUGGGAGGCCAUCAUCAGGGGUGGGGAGACCCCAGGUCAGACCGCCAUCAGUGGAACCACCCCCUCCCCCCACCAACAGCAGGCCAGGAAGCAUGGUGGGGCGACCCCUUCCACCCCCUCCACCCCCAAGCGGAGCAAGUGGUGCUGUUCCCCCUCCCCCCUCAUCUAGGCCCCCUCCCCUCCCCAGGAACAGUGCCUCCUCAUCACAACUAGCACCCCCUCCUCCAGCCAGAACAUCUUCCAACACCUCCCUCUCUGGGGGAACAAUAUCAAGGCAAGGUGGUGGGCGCCCAGGACCCCCACCCCCUCCUGCAAGAGGACCCAGCGGUGGUGGCAUGCAACCCCCACCCCCUCCAGUACGGCGGUCCUCGGGAAAUUACUCCGGAGAUAAUGAUGAGUUUGAAAAUAGAUUCCGAUUCCACAAUGGGAAUGAGUUACCUCCUCCUGAACCAUUUACAGGCUCUAACAAAAAUUACCCCAGCAAAAAUCCCAGACAUCAAGCAGGCAAUCAACGAGCUCCACCUCCGCCACCCCCCAAAUAGGGCUGUUGUUGGAUCCACCACCUUUAUAUUUAAGUGAAAAAAGACACUAAAGGAAAUGGUUCAAUGGACGAAUCUGUUAGGGCCACAGAAGGAUCAAUUUACAACAAUCUGUUGAUCAGAUUGGACAUUGAUGAGUUGUCACGCCCAAUUGACAAGUGGCCCCGCCCACAAGACAUUAUACUAGCAAAUACAUAUGCACUCUCUCUGUCAGAUUAAUGAUUGACAGCUGUCAUUUAUAUCCUUAUAUCAUGAUUCCUGAUAUAUGGACAAGUGCAGGAUUUUUUUUUCUCAGUCUUUCAAUGAUGAUUUUAUUUGCUUCCUUUUUUUUCUCGUACCUGAAAAAAAGGGCACAAAGCAAUUACUUGAGAAUUAUUUACACAGAACUUGGAAUUAAAUAUAUCCUAGUAAAAGAAAUAAGUGUGUGUCUGAAUGAGCAGGUAUAAAUGUUUGAAAGAGGGAAUUUACUUGGGGAUUUUUCUGGCCAAUAUUGACUGGAGGGGUGCAUUUAUCAGCUGCCAGCCUAUACAGUAAAAAUGCAUAUCUCGCACAGCACUUGUUAAUUUUCAUUCAAAUGUAUUCAGUUAAAUAAAGCAAUUUUGUAUGUAAUCAAAAAUUAUUUUUGUAUUGUUUUAGGGAAUCAAUAUUCUUGUGAACCCCUUUUAUUUUACAGCAGAUUUGUAUUUAUAUUUUAUUUUCUUUUUUGCCUUAACUGUCUAUCUUUUUUUUUUUUUUUGCCAUGACAUUGGUAAUAGGUUAACAUUUCCAUUUUAAUGCAGGUGCUUCUUUUGUAUUAUUUUCCCUUUCAAGGAAAUAUAAGUUUGUUAUAUGCUUAUUGUCAAAGAUUCUGUUGCAACCCAGCAUUUUGUUUUUUUAUUUGAUAGAUGUACCAUCAAACACUUUCAUCGUUUUUUUAAUAACUUAAUGUGUAUGGAAGAAAACAUAUUUUCUAGAUGCCUUUCUUUAAUUAUUUAAUUUUCAAUUCAUACUAUAACUUCUUUGAUUUGCUUUUCAUUCAGUAAAUCAACAGUAAAGACAUUUUUUAUUAAAACCUUCUAAAUUUGUAAACCUUGACCUUUCUGUGAACUUUGCCCUUUAUUUACUCUGUGUGACCUUGACCUUUCUUUGACCUACGAGUUUGAGUGCACCCAUUGUCUCUGCAUUCCGUUAUAUGUGUGUGUGAUGCUAACUUAUGAGGAAUGUUUAUGUAAAAGUGCUAUAUUCCCCCCGUUUUCUACUCUUUCCUGUAUUUCUAUACACCUUCCACUUUCUUAAACUUAUCAGCACUUCCUUGAAUACAGUGAGGUCUGUUAUGUAAUCUGAAAUCAAGUAUAAUCUAAAAUACCUCUAUCAUAUUCAAAAUGUAACCAUAGGAAAGUUAUCAUAUGAAAGCUUUUAAUUUUUUUUCUUUUGAAACUGUUACAUAUUUGAGUGUAUUCUUAAACUCUUAGAGGAGCAGAGAUUUUUAAGAUAUUUUAUGAUCAAUGGAUUUGGAUUUAAUAACACAUUACUAGUUCUAUUUAUACCUAAUCUGUUGAUACAAUGGACUAAAGAGAGUAUUCUGUGAUUUACUAUUACUGGUAUGAAUAAUAUCUUGAUUGAUUAUUAAAAAAUCAUAUUUUAAAUCUUAUUAUGUAUUCUCUCUUUUGUGAAAUAAACAGUAGUUCAUUAGGCACAUGAAUUUCAUCCAGAGAAAAUAACAUUUAUUAUAACAAAUUACAAUGGACAAAUAUGGUGAUAGAGGAUAUAUUAUUUGAAUGCUGAACUGAGUGUUAUUACUAAAUAUGAAAGGCUGACAGCAUUCAGAUUUUCUAAAAUAUUUAUUUAUAAUGUCUCUAUCCCAGUCAUGAUGCUAUUUAAAAAAUACAGUUAUUUAUAUAAACAA